AUGACAGACGAUCCAAACCGAAACUCCGGUCAGAGAGCAAGAUCUCAAAGAUCAAAGCCACGAGUCCAAUCAAAAUCCCAUGUUCAAUCCGCAGCUCUCCUUGGAGCAUCACUAGCUUUCGAUGGACAAGGAGCGAAUAAAUCCACUGCCGCUCAAACCCCCAACAGCCCAAGGAAUCCAAGAAGCCUCGCCACAAUGCGAGCAGUUAACAAUAGAUUCGAACCCGAAGACGAUGAACCCGUGGAGCAGGAUACCCCUUCCCACAGUUCUGCAGGGAUAGUAGAAGACCGGAUUAAACUCUUUACUGAAACUCACGAUCCUAAGGCAUCACAGGCUACAUCUAGCCGUGGUGCAAACGUGCCCCGUCCAGGGAUGGCUAACCCCCAGCAUAUGGCUGCGCAGCUGGCCGUGGGAAGAUCUGCAGUACGAAAAUCAUUGACACCGUCAACCAAAGAAAGUGGAGGAGUUAGUUCACUAGGCCAGAAAACUGAUCAAGAACCAGGUCACCAUGAUCGUAUCCCCUCCCCCAGUGCAUCCCUAGAUCUGGUAAGACGGAAUGCUGCUGGAUCAAUGUCAAAGCUUGAUGUGAUUCUGGACAUGCCGUUGGCAGAUCCUCGCGUUAGUCGGGCUCUUGAUUCCAAGCUGUCGGGUACAUCGUCAAGGAAUGAGCGCACAGGCUCCUCCCUAUCUUCCAGUUCUUUCACUCAGGAGAUGCCACACACACCUCCCGCAGAACACCAAAGGAAGCCUUCUUCUACACAAGACAAACAAGGUCCACCAUUACCACCAAGGCUGCCUGCGAUUUCAAUAAAUAAGCCUCACCCAUCUCAGCAGGCUGUCCCUGCGAAAAAUCAAAUUAAGAUGUCUACAACUUCUGAGGAUAAAUCAACUUCACUAUUGCCAAGCAUUCCCACGAACAACUCUACCGCCACAACAAGGUCCACGAAUAUCCAAACUACGACACCAACUACUAAGGCUCCGCCACCUCAAAUACUCCAUUCCCGGCCUUCCCGAUCUAGUUUACUACCGCAACACUCAGGAGUGUCAGACAGCUCAUUGGCCGGGGCGCUAGCAGCUUCAUCAAGAGCCCCAUCUCCGGCCAAAAGGAAUCCUCCACCGCCGCCACCGCCUCAGAGAGGCUCACGCUUUCGUUCCUCGCUAAACCCAGUACAUAACAUUCCAAAGGGCGCCUCCCGAACACCCAGUCCGCCCAAAGUAAUAAGACAAACAAUGCGUCAAGAUCCCAAAACCGAUGACGAAGCCGAACGACGGAAAAAGCUCCAGCGGAACCGUAUCAUCAACACCCAUCCAAACAAGCAUCGCGAGGGCGAUCGAAAACGUUGGCGAGACCGAGUCACUGAACGGGAACGGAAACGGUAUGAGGGGGUAUGGGCUGCUAACAAAGGCCUGCUGAUAAAUGAGAUCCGCCGGCAGGGCAGUUCUAGCCCAUCCCCACAAGAUAUGGUAUUGAAUCUCGUGGUACGGGAUAUAUGGACUCGUAGUCGACUGCAGCUCAGCACACUCGAGCACAUUUGGAACCUUGUUAGCCACGAAAAUAGGAGAAUGCUCACUCGUCAGGAAUUUGUCGUGGGGAUGUGGUUGAUCGACCAGUGCUUGAAGGGACGAAAGCUUCCAGUGAAGGUUUCGCAGAGUGUAUGGGAUAGUGUGCAGCAGCUACCCGGCGUCCCAGGCCCCCCAUCCCAGGCUCUCCGUAGUUAG